UCUGACAACCAGGAACAGAGCGGACCUGGUUCAAGCGCUGGGUACGGUCUGAGAUCGCGGAGAGUUUGAACGCCCGCCGCGGUUGGCCAGGCGAGAACUAUCGAGCAUGGAUGUCACGAGGGCUGCUUGAAGAACGGUCAAAGUUCGAGUUGGGAAGUUUCAGUACCGAGUGUCAAGUUCUCCGGAUCUUUAUUCGAUCCUCGUGGUUCGCGUGUGACCAAAGGCUAAAUAGUAUACCAGCGUGAAAUUCGUGUCGUGCGAGAUAUGCACGUACGUGUAGAGAGAUGAGCAGGGUAUGACUGCGGAGAUAGUGUCGUGGUGUGGUAUAACGGUUCGUAAAUCAAAUCGAAUGCGCAGUAGGCAAGUUGGCACCAAACUUCUAUUACCUCUUUCCACUUCUGCUGAUCUUUACACCCAUUACUAUCAUUGUUAUUCCCCUUCUUUCUUACGCGACAGUACAGUGUAGAACAUCGCUGAAGAGUACGAACGCCGAGCGCGGUCAAGCUGGUCAACCCGGAUCUUGGUGAACUUGACCUUCUGGCAAAUCAGUGCGGUUUUCUUAAGCUCCGGUGAUCCACCCAAAAUGACAGGGGCACUAGGUGCGGGAAUUUGCGAUAGUCGCAGUUGAGACUCGUUUUAAUCCAAGGUCGUUAUCGAGUUUCAACUUUAACCCCCGGCGACAAAGCGCGGUCGAGGAGGCUCGCGAUAAGGUUUGAAAAGCUGAAGAACGGUGAACUCGAAGAGAGGCGGUGAGUGUUGAGUGAAAAGUUUGGAUGACGCCAGGCGACAGCGAUCACGAUAGUCUUCGAAAAAGUCAGCCUCACCCGCCGGCGAUCCUUUAGGUCAAAUUAAAACUAUCCGUCACAAACUGACACGUGUAUAUAUAUACAUAUAUAUAUAUAUACUAUAUAUGUACUAUAUAUAUAUAUAUCUAUAUAUAUAUACAUAUAUGUAUAUAGUAAUAUACUCAUCCGAUGAGAAGGGCGUGCGCUCUGACGGAUGAAAAAAUGUUAUGUACGAAAACGCUGGCUUCUUCAUGUCCUGGUCGAAGUCUUGUACGAGCAGAUGAAUACGGGAAGAAUGGCCGCAGCGGGAGGCCGCAGUGAAUCUUAACUCAAGGAAAUAGCUACUAGACACAAACCACGUACGCGGAAUAGCGAGAUUCCGUUCGUCACGAGUGGAGUUACAGCAGUUGGCGAAGUGUUUGAGCGCGGUUUCGCGCGUGCACGGUUAUACGUAGUGUUGAAGGGACGAUAUGUGAACCCGCCGGGAUGACGGCUUGAUGGGAGUGUGAAUCAGUGCGAGGUGAAUUAUCUCUAUGAUUAGUUGCAAUUCAACGUCGAUAUUAUCUGCCAGCGGAUACCCAUCGGCGACAGCUAGAUUAACAACGGCGAUAAAUAAGGGGCGGAAUAUUUGAAGAUCGAAAAAAUGAGCUGAGCGGCGGACAUGACUAUGAGAAGAAGUCCGAAGGCCUUGGGGGCCGCCAUAUUGGUUCUUCUGUUCCGUUCGCUGAAUGCAGCAUCGCUCCCCGUCGUGAAACCGUAUCCGAGGCUGGAGGACUUACCGAAAAACCUCUGGCACGAGUUGAGCUCUCCUUUCACCGAGGUCUACGAAGAGGAAAGUCUCGCGACUGAAAUCGGCGCGACUCCCGAGCCUCGUCCUUUCUUCGAGGACGCGGACAGUAACAUCACAGCACAGCUGGGAACGCACGUUCACAUGCAUUGCCGAGUACACGAUCUCCGGGACGGAACGGUUUCUUGGGUCCGUAAACGGGGCGAAGAGCUGCACCUUCUGACCUUCCAGACGUUCACGUACUCAAACGACGCUAGGUUGUCGCUUGAUUAUCAACCCCCAAACGACUGGCGCCUUCUGCUACGAUACGUGACCGAGUUAGACGCCGGAGUCUACGAGUGCCAGGUCACCGCCCAUCCCCCGCUGAUCAGGGUCGUUUACCUCACUGUUUCCGUGCCGAAGGUGGAGAUUGUCGACGAACGCGGGGCGACCGCGGGGGACAAAUUCUACAAGGCCGGAAGUACGAUAGAGCUGAAAUGCGUUGUCAGCAAAGUGCCGCAUCCGUCCGGCUACGUCACAUGGCGUCAUGGUUCUCGCAUGCUCAACUACGACACGACUCGCGGAGGAAUCAGCGUGAAAACUGACAUGGGAGCGGAGGGCGCCGUCUCCAGACUCUACAUUGCUAAUGCAAAUAAAAAGGACAGCGGUAACUAUAGCUGCGCCCUCGCUGACGUGGCCGCCACAACAGUUUCCGUCCACGUGCUGAACGGUGAAAAUCCAGCAGCAAUGCAACACGGUGGAAGCGCCGGAUUGCGGGCGGCGUUUGCACUGACGUUCGCUCUCUCGAUUAGUUCGCUUCUGAGGUGACCACACAGUUUCAGCUGCAACCCAAGAGAUACUUGUUAAAUUUACGAAUAAAUAGUAUAUGUAUGGUGCUAAACGUUAGCUUGCCGUUACGAGAUGGAAAACGAGAAGAGAUCAACAAAUCCACGUCAUAUGCGACUAUAUUACAUAACCCGAUAAGACCUAGAUGAUAACGUAUAGAUACAAAGUGACGCGUUUUACAGAGAAACAUAUAACUAUAAUUGUUUCGGACACGAGGGAUAGAAGUAACGAGAAUAAAUUUAAAAAACAAACAAAUUAUGUGUCUAUCUGUAUAAUUAUUAUAAUAAUUACUCAUCACGCGAGGAUACCAGUCGAGGAAAAUAUCUUUUUCCCUGUAAUCGGUUUGACCGCAGGUUCAAGUACGCGGUCUUCUCUGUGUUACACAUAUACCUGUCACGUGAUCGGCGUUUGUAAAUUACACGGUGUAAUUUGGGAGACGGAAUAGAGAAUCUAUACCGCAACUUCCAGAUCACCUUUGUUAAGUUAUUGUCAGGCGUAAUUGAAUUUUCACGAAGUAGAAUCGAAGGAAGAAAAGAGAAAGAAAAAAUUGAACGAUAAAUAACAGUAAUAAAUAAUAUUCAUAGAACCGUGUUUAUCACAUGUUAACAAUGAAAACCACGUUGAUAAUAGUGAAUAUAGGAGUGUAUACCUAACUAUAUGUAUAAUGUUUAAAGAUUAAGCGGGAGUCUUCGUGUAAUCAUUUUUAAAUCAUCGUCGAUUCGAUAACAUAUUUGUAUAGUACAAAUUAUUUUAUUUUUUAACGAUUGAUCGAUCACAAUUACGUACUUCUAGCGAUUAUACCAUAAUUUGAAUAGCGCGUAUUAUGAUGUACCCUCAGAUUAUUGUAAGUAGCGCAAUUUAUCGUGUGCGAUGAUUGUGCAGAAAGCGAAGAGUCGGUCCAGGAUCACUUCGGCAAAAAAGAUCAGCUGAUCGAUCACCGUGUAUGAUCAAGCUCGACCAUCGUAAAGCGAUCCUCGUCGUAUGCAAGCUUUUCUAGAAAAAGCCGUCUGCACGAGGAUUACGGAGAAAAAAAACAACAAACAAAAAAAAAAAAAAUUCAAGAACGAAACUUACUACUCACAAUAAUCGACGAAUCAAAAUAUUAUACAUACAUGCAACAUUAUAUACCUACAAUAUAUAUACGAUAUAUGCUAUAUCCCAUACUGUACUAAGAACGUCGGGCGAUAAUAAAAAUAUAAAAAAAAAGAAAGAAAACAACAAUAAUAAAUAGUAAUAAUAGAGGAUGAAAUUGUUAAUAAAAUUAAUCUUUACCAUAAUAAUGUGUAAUAAAGAUCGUUUCUUUUUGGACACUCGAGUGAAUAUAGUGAACACCUGUAUUUAAAUAUAUAAUAGUGAGUAAUGAUAUAUAAGUAUAUAUAAAAUAUAUCGACUAUAUUCCGGAUAUAUUUCAAUCAAAGUACCUACGUAAAAGAAUAAAAUUAUCAUCGAUGAGUGGCUGCUACAGUUUGGGCGAUAUAAAUAUAUUGUAUCAGUUAUAUAUUAUAUAUUACAUGUACAUGUAUAUGUAUUUGCGUAUAAUUAUAAUGUAUUUAUAUCACUGACCCCCCUCAUUAAUCCGCCUCUCUCAACACUUUUUCACCACCUCGUUAGAACCACCCUGUGUAACGUCAGCGAGUGGUUGAAAAUUUUUCAAAUCAGGUGUAACUAAUAAAAUGAAUGACAGGAUUGUUAUCUAUUUGGAUUUCACCGAUAUCUGUAUUAAAAGAAAAAAUCUCAAGGCUUAUGAUUUCAGUCAUACGAAUAAAACGGAUUAUUCUUCCCAAUGAGCUGAUAAACGCAUGUAAAAGUAUUUUGAAAUUUUUUUUCCAUCACUUGUAUCAAUGACAUUGUUGUAUUUUCCUUGCAACAAAUUGAUUUGGUCAGACGUGAAAUACAGUCUAGUUUUGUAAAUUAUGAGGAAUGUAAUACGUGCCAAGUCGAGACAAAAUCAAAAGUAGAAAAAUGAAAAUAUACCUGUUAUAACCUGGAAAUAUACCUGCAUUGAUAAAUUAUAGCAUGUAUAACGUUUUAACUGUCAAGUCAGCAAUCCCAUGAACAUAUCAAAAUUCAAUCUGUAUCAAUAUACCUACCGGAAAUAUAAAAUCUCUAUACACGAUACCAUAAGCAUACCUUUGUUAUGGAUUCCAAAGUAGAAGUAAGAGAAUGGAAAAAAAAAAACAAAAAAAACGAAAAAGCGAAGAGAGAAAAGUGGGUCUCUGUACCAUUUCUCUGCCUAAUACCCAAAGAAAAAAGCGUCGAAAAUGAGCAAAAGGCCAAAGAAUCUGCAUACGGGUGCGCAUGCAAGGUUUAAACGAAAUCGAGCGACAUUUCGCAAAUUUACAACGCUUCACCGAGGUUCCACCUUCGUAACCAGCUAUUUUCACGAUGUACACAUUCCUGCGGCUCCUUCGACAUCGUAAGUAAGUGUGUGCGCAGGGUGCCGUUUAAACUUUGAAAUAACGAGCUACAGAACGCGGACCGUACUUGAGCAGGUAACUAAAACAGAACCGUGCGCAAUGCCGUUGAGUUUAACAGUCACGAGGUCAACAGCUUCGUGUUUAUUGAACCCCUAAAUGCAAAUGGACCUUAUUAGAGGAUGUCCAGAGUCGAAUCGCCCUCCGCGAAACACGGAGGGCGUUAGUUUAGGGCGACGCUAUUUGCGACCUUAGUUUAAAUUCAAUUCACUUCAAAAUAUUUCCCACUUUACAUUCCACUAUAUGCCGCUUCUCCGUUCAUUUUCGAUGAGAUUUUCUAUACGAAAGGAAAAGCGAACGGCAUACAAAAUUCGCAUCGUAACCGUGAAAAUGUUCAGGCGCUUAUCGAAUGAUCUAAAAUUUCCAAGUCCGUCGGAGCGCUUUACAAGUUUUUUUUUUUUUUAUUCUUCUCCUCGAGAACACGAGUAUCUUUUUGAUUGCGAAGAGAAUAAUAAAAUAUAACAUCGCCAGCUACAAACUAAAAAAGACGAACCGGUUAUUAAGAAGAGAAAAUAUGACAAUUCAUUUAGUUUGAACUCUUCGUAAAAAUGAAACUUGAAUUUACAAACGUUUCUAUAUAUUUUUAGACUCGAUACCUAUGACGGUCUCAAUGAAUAAGAUACAUCCUAACAUCUCUUUCUUCUCAUUUUCAUUAUUGUUAUGAUUGUAUAAUUUUUUCCUGAGUAAACAUUGUCAUAUAAACAUCGUAACAUUCUUCGUUAAUGAAAUAUGACACGAGGUGGGACGAAUCUAAGUGUGAAUAUCUGCAUCGGUGUGUGUGUGAAGGGGUGAUAAUAAUAAUAAUAAUGACACCCGUUUCUCCUACGGCUGUAAAUCAACGGCGUUUAAUGAUUUAACGAAAGCGUAUAGAUAUAGAUACGGCUCGUAUCGAACGGAGGUGUAAAAUAUUCGACACGAAAAGUGAGGGGGGGGGGGGGGGCUUGUCGACUGGGGCUAAUUGUAAGCUGGGCUGUGCCGCGCGUGCGAUGGAAAGGGGCCAUAAAAUGCGAUGAAUAAUAAUUAUUGGACAUGGUAAUGAAAAUUAUAGCCCACGAUGUUUAUUUAUCGAGUACUUGGGAAAACUGUGCAAUGCGCCCCAGGGGAUGCUUGCGCAGUUGUGCCUGUAAAGAAAUGGGGAUAAAGUAUUAAUAAGCUGCACCGAUCACCCGUCGUUCACAGAGUUCAUAAAAGUGGGACUGUGGAAGAUCUGGAUGAAAUAUUGCCGAUCCUCUCGAGAAGCGAUCCAUUGUACCCUGCCAUUAGAAACAAGUGAAGCCUCGUCCCUGAAAGAGAGGGAUGAGAAACCGUUGAUUUCUUCACAAACCUGGCUCUUAUGCAGUACACUUUAUUUUUAUCAUACAGCUUUCGACGAGUUAGCGAUAACUGCACAGAAUAAAAAAAAAAGCUCGACGAGUUGGAAAUUAUUUUACGGUGAGGCGGGGUUUUUGAUCUUCUACUUUUCUGAAGUAUACCUGCGACACUGUACAAUUUACAGAGAAAAAAAAACAGUAGCUGAACGUUCAAGUUAAAAAAAAAAAAAAAAAAAAACAAGCCAUUACAGUUGCAAAAA